UCCUCACUCCACUCGCCAUGCCCGGCUCUUCGGUGCCACGGCGCAGCCCGGCCGCUGCAGCGUCGCCGCCCCCCCAAAUCUCCGUCUUCCCUUCCCCGCAGGAGCUGGGCUCGGCGCUGGCCCAGCUGAUAGCCCAGCGGGAAGUUCAUUCCGGGCCGGGUGGGCGCUUCUCCCUGGGCCUGUCAGGUGGAAGCCUAGUGCGGAUCUUGGCCCAGGAGCUGCCCGCGGCCGCUGCCUGCCCUGCCCGGUGGCUCCUGGCCUUCGUGGACGAGCGACGAGUCCCGCUGAACGACCCCGAGAGCAACUACGGCGCCUACAAGACAUACCUCCUUUCUAAAAUUGCUAUACCUGAUGACCAAAUAGUUGUUAUCAACCCUUCACUACCAGUAGAAGAGGCAGCAGCAGAUUAUGCUGAAAAACUGAAAAAGGCUUUCCAGGGUGAAGAUAUGCCUGUGUUUGACCUCUUGAUCUUAGGAGUAGGACCAGAUGGACACACCUGCUCUCUUUUUCCAGAUCAUCCCCUACUACAGGAGCGGGAGAAGAUUGUGGCUGCCAUUAGCGAUUCCCCAAAGCCCCCCUCAGAGCGGAUCACGCUGACUUUGCCUGUGCUGAAUGCAGCGAGGAGUGUGGUGUUUGUUGCCACUGGGGACAACAAGGCUGCAGUGAUAAAGCGUAUUUUGGAAGGCAACGAGGAAAACCCACUGCCGGCUGCCCUUGUCCAGCCACACACUGGGAGGCUUUACUGGUUCCUGGAUGAGCCAGCUGCAAAGGAGUUGACAAUUCCCUUUGAGAAGCAUUCCAUCUUGUAGGAGUUUCACGUCUUGCAACCUUCCAGGUUGGGAGAAGUCCACCAAGUAUGGGGUGUGGGUAGAGCCCGACCCACUAACAUUCCAGGUCACGGUCUCCACGUCUGGUCGUAGCGCUCAGGAGCAGCACUAAACUAACACUGUCUUUCUUUUCUUUUUCUUUUUUUC